CAACUCUUACCCAAUUUGUAAACACACUAAAACCGGAAAAAGGAAUCAUCAGUUAGUGCUAAUUUUUGAGAUCCGUUUUUGCUCAACAAUGGAGUCACCAGCAGCAGCAGCAGCGAAGCCGGCGAGAGGCGCCGGAGGAAGGAAAGGAGGAGACAGGAAGAAGAGUGUCACCAAAUCCGUCAAAGCCGGUCUCCAGUUCCCCGUCGGUCGUAUCUCUCGUUACCUGAAGAAAGGCCGUUACGCCGUCAGGUACGGCGCCGGCGCUCCCGUCUACCUCGCCGCCGUUCUCGAGUACCUCGCCGCCGAGGUUUUGGAGCUGGCGGGGAACGCGGCGAGGGACAACAAGAAGAACAGGAUAAACCCUAGGCAUCUCUGCUUGGCGAUAAGGAACGACGAGGAGCUGGGGAAGCUGCUUUCCGGAGUCACCAUCUCGAGCGGAGGAGUGCUGCCGAACAUCAACCCGGUUCUUCUUCCCAAGAGAGCUGCUGGCGCUUCUGAGAAAGCUGAGAAGCCUGAGAAAGCUGCCAAAUCUCCCAAGAAGGCUUGAGAAAAUUGCUAUUUACUGUUUUUAGGAAUCUGUUGUUGCUAUCGGUCUCUAGAUGAAGAAACAUCUUGUUUUUUUUUUUUUUUAAUAUUUUGGGUAUUAGGGAUUAUGUACGUUGUUAUCGUUCAUCUCCGUUUGGUUUGUUUAUAAAUCCGAUGGAAAUAUUAUUAUGUUAUUAAAGGCCAUUUUGUAAUGAAUGAAGUAAUUUCUCGGUA